UAUAGUGGUAAAGUAAUGAUACAUUUAUAAAUAUACGAAAAUAUCUAUUUAUUGACAGUAAAAUUUUCGAUGUGAAGUGUAAUGUGAGCAUUAAAAAAAAUGAAGAUUUGUAUAACAUGCGUGUACUGGACACUACUUUUUAUAUCAGUUGCUUCCAGUGCACUCCUAUUCAUCAUAGUAGCUUCGGAGAAUGCACAAACCAAUUAUUAUUCGUCUUCAAAAAUAAAUGAAACUUUUGAAAUUUAUGAUAAUGAUACAAUGAAUAAUAUAGGAUCGGAUGAUUUAGAUGUAACUACUAUACCAAUUACAAAACUACAUGAUAUACGCAAAUUACAAAACAAUUACAAAGAUCAUUAUUAUGAAGAAAAAUAUGCUGAAGACUCUACUACCUUUGAAACUGUUAUAAAUGGUGAAACAAGAAAGAGAGGGAAUCCUUAUAAAGAUUCAGAUAUUGUAGCUGAAAGUCUUACUCAACAACCUAAUUUAUCUCAGGGAGUUUCUGAAAAUGAACAAGCAACAGUUUUAACUUUAGUUGAUACAACUGAAGCUGAGUUACAAAGCUUAGCAGAACCAAAGCUUAAUCCAGAGUUUUCAAGGGCAACAUUAUUUUCAAAUAAUUCAUCUUUAUUGACAAAAAAUACAAAUAUAGGACAACAAGUAAAGAAAGAACAAGAAAAAAUUUCAUCUAAUAUACAAACACCAUCACCAUCUAUUGUUCGUGAAAUUACUGAAAGAUCUAAUGAAACAAGUAUUCUCAAAGAAGAAUCUUUGUCUUUGACAAAUUCAAUAGAGGAAGAAGAAAGACCUGAGAUAGUGGUAGUAGUAAGAGCUGAACAAGCCUCUAUUGCUACUGAUGAACCAGAGUUAAAUCUUGAAGAUAGUGUUGUUAAAGUAUUUUCUGAUGAAAUACCCAAAAUUGAUACAACAUUUACAACAACUCCAGAAUUAAGUGAUUCUAAUGCUAAAGCCCGACUAGUAGGAGAUAAUAGGGAUGAAGCUGCUGCAGUUGUUCUUAGUGAAGGAAUUGUAUCUGUAGGAUCUACAAAUCCACAUGAGGAUAUACCAUCUUUCAGUGAAUGGACACAAAAACGAUUAGAAGAAGCUGAAAGAAAAAAAACACAUCCAAAUGCUUCUAUUCAGAAUUCUGGGGCACCAACCCGGGGCAUUGGUGGAAUGAAAGUUCGUUCUAAAAAUUAUGCUUCACCAGAUUGUGGUGCAAAAAUUGUAGCUGCAAAUCCAGAAGCACGAAGUGUUAGAAGUGUUUUAGUUUCUACUAGAGAUGAAUAUAUGCUCAAUACAUGUACAUCACGUAUAUGGUUUGUAGUAGAACUUUGCGAGGCAAUUCAAGCUAAGAAAAUUGAAUUAGCCAAUUUUGAGCUUUUUAGUUCAUCGCCAAAGGAUUUCUUAGUUUAUAUUAGUGAUCGUUUUCCUACGAGAGAUUGGAGUCCGGUUGGUCAAUUUACUGCAAAAGAUGUAAAAGAUAUUCAAAGUUUUGUUCUACAACCACAUCUUUUUGGAAAAUUUAUAAAAAUAGAACUUCAGACUUAUUACGGUUCUGAACAUUUUUGCCCCAUUUCUUUAUUUCGUGCUUAUGGUACUAGUGAAUUUGAGGUUCUUGAAACAGAAACAGAGAAUCAAAUUUCGAGAGAGACGCAUUCAGAUGUAGAUGAUGAAGAAGACAGUGACGAAGAGGAAGUUUUGGAUGUUGAAAAUGGCGAACCACCAAGAAAUUUGUUUGGAAGUGCUAAAGAUGCUGUAUUGAGUAUUAUGAAAAAGGCAGCUGAAGUGUUAGUGAAGUCUAGUGAUUUGACUUAUAACAAUAUUACAAAAAUACAACAAAGUAUAGAUAGCGGUAAUAUUCUUGAAAACUCGUUUGUAAGUUGUACUACACCGAGGUAUAUUAUUUUAUGUGAUAGUUGCUCAGAUCAGAAAUUUGCAAAAAUUUUUCAAUUAAUUAGCUGUAGAGAAAAACAACUAAAUGAAUUGCUUAAAAUUGAUUUUGUCAACAGAACUUUAAGACAAAAUGGACUUUGUAAGAUUCAUGGUGUGGGAAUUGAAACUUUUGCAAGAAAAGAGACGAAAGAAAAGUAUGACAAUGUGAAAAAUACAGAAAAACAUGAUCCACUUGUUGAAAAAUGUGUUUCAAAUAAAACUUUUCAGUUAACAUUCAUAACGUCUAUACUUAAAUCUGAAUAUAUUGCAGCACUUUGUAAUGUAUUGGCAAUAAAGGAACGUAAAAUGGUAAUGAAUACAAGUCAUGAAAUAUCAUUUAGUACUCUAAAGGAAGUUAUUAAGGAAGAUACCUCAGCCAAAUAUAAAGAAGAUUACAGUAGUGAUACAAUUAAAUCGUUUCACCAUACAUCAGCUACACCUAUUUCAAGCUCAAAUGUUGAUAUGUCUCAUGGGGAAUUGAAAAAGGGUAAUGAAGAAAUAUCUAGUGUAGAAACUAGCAAAGUUACUAGUACACCUCAGACCUCCACCAAUUCUAAGAGCACAAUUUCACAAAUAAAGUCUGUUGAAACUUUUGGAGAAGAAGAGUUAAAAAACGAAACAUCAAUACCAAUUUUAGAAUCUAAUAAAAGCAAUAACGAGGAAAUAAUUCAGGCUGAAGUACAAACAACUGUUCCUGUAUCUUUAAAUGUUGGACAACAUACAAUUUCAAAGCCUUCUGAAGAACCAUGCAUAACUUCUAGUACUUUCAUUGAAAACUUACCUCAAACAACUGUCUCUGUUCCAAUAACUACUACUGACAGUAAUGAGUUUCCAAGUGAAGAUACAGUAUCAGAUGUAGAACCUUUGGAAUUAGCUAGUGCAUCAAAUAAAGCAGCAAAAUUGGAACAUAUGGACCAGGAAGGGAAAUUAGUGCAAACAGAAAUUCUAGAUCAAGAAAUUAAUUUACCAUCUCAAGAUUCUUUAACAUUUGACAACUUAUUAUCCGACUUAAAAGAUUUAGAAGGAGAAACAGCACAUAUUCAAAAUGGUCCUGCAAGUCCUUCAGUAACACAAUCAAUACCAAAUACCUUGCCGCAAAAAGAAUCUGUUUUUUUAAGAUUAUCUAAUAGAAUCAAGGUAUUAGAGAGAAAUAUGUCUUUAAGUGGACAGUAUUUGGAAGAAUUAAGUCGUCGAUAUAAGAAACAAGUUGAAGAAAUGCAAAGAUCACUUGAAAGAACAGUUUCAGCAAUGAGUGAGGAAACGCGAAAAAGGGAUGAACGCGAGUUAAAAAAGGCAGAAGAAAUUGCUAUUUUAAAAGAAAAGAUUGUUAAUCUUUCAAAAUCAGUGAAAAAUCUUUUGUACGAUCGUGAUAGUUGGCGUGGAAAAAUUUUUACGAUAGGUCAACAUAUAUUGUUGAUAUGUUCAGAAGUUUUUGUGAUAUACUUAAUUUUAGUAUACUGUUGGAGAAAUAAUAAUAAAGGAACUGAAAUAAAGGAAAAACAGCUGGGGAAAGACAUGAUGCGCCGUAAAAGUGCAGAGAACUUCAGUUCUCAUACAAAGAAAAUAAAAAAGCGACGACCAAGCGAAAUAGCUGCUCACAUUACAGGUACAUAUCGUGAACUGAUGAUUGCUGAUAAAUCUUAUGAAAUAAAGAGGGAAAAGAAAAAGAAACGAAAAAAAACAACCACUUUAACAAGUAAUCAAACAAAUGUAAAUAAUGAUACAGGUAUAUAUCCAAUUACACAGUACAAAACUCCAACAAAUGUUGUACACGAGAUGGAAAUAACACCAAAAGUUGCUUCAUCUAUUGAAGUACUACAUAUAAUGGAUUCUCAAAAUCAGAUUUGUAAAAAGCUAAAAUCUACUCCAGAAAACACAGUUAAAUGGUUUAAUGAUAAUGUUCAUGAAGCAAAGUGUAAUAUACAAUUAAUGUUAUCAUCUGCUAACAAUUAUGAAACAGAUGCCAUUAAAAUCUCCGAGUUAAAUAGUUCAUGUAUUGAAAAUUUAAAUGAUUCAGAUUCGUUAUCAGCAGAUAGUUUUCAAGAAAGGAUUGCUUCUAAUCAACAAAUUGCAGAAUCUGAAGAUGUCUUAAAUUCUACAAAUAUUAGUACUAUGUUAAAAGACACAGGAUUAAAUGUAACAUCUUCUUUUAUGAAAACUGCUUUAAGUACAAGAAAGAAAAGAAUAGCUUAUUCAAAUGAUACGAAUGGACAAUGGAAUCAAGAUUCAGGUGAUUUUAACGAUAAGACUGUACAAGUAAGUCCUACUUCUACAAAACUAUCUACAGAAAAAAUUUUUACCGAUGUUGAUACACCUACGAAUGGUCUGUUAACGGAUCAAAGUGAUGAAUCUAGAAGUAGUAGUGUAACGUCGAUGUCAAAAAGGAAAGAGAAAAAGAGUACUGGUUUUAGAAAAAUGGUGAGAAAAUUUUUUUGAUUAAAAUAAACUUGCCAAUGACGGUUGGUUAAGGAGAUAGUUUGAAAUUGCUGGAACUUGUCAAACUUUCUGUUUAAGCAUAGAAUACGCUU